GUUUCCCAGGAAACAGCUCCGGCCCUGCCCGAGGAUCGAUCGAUCGAUCGUCGUUAAUGAUUCCCCGGGUUAAUGAUCCCCCAUUUACAGCCCCGGACGGGGCUGAUUGGCCUUGUGGCUGUCAGACCAGCUGGGCCCUGCCAGGAAAGUGCCUGCCCCAGGGGUGCCACCCCAUAUAAAACAGGCUGGGCUGUGUCAGGGACACCCCUCUGCCACCAUGGUGGAGUCCCUGGCGCUGCCCAGCGCCCUCCUGGCAGCCCUGCUGGCAGUGGCCUCCCCGUCCUUCACCCCGAUCCACCGCGCCGGGUACUGUGCCUUCUACGGCGAGUGCGGGCGCAACCCCGAGGUGAACGUGUCGCUGGUGCCCUCCAACGUGCCCUGCCUGUCCAACACCCCUGCCCGGGAGGCUACGGGGCCCUUGCUGGACCUGCUGCGCACCGUAUGCCCGGACCUGGUGCGGGGGGACAACGAGACCACCCUGGUGUGCUGCACCUAUGGGCAGCUCAGCGCGCUCCAGCUCAGCGUCGCGCUCUCGGGCACCGUCCUGGCACGGUGCCCGUCCUGUGCCCGCAACUUUGCCAACCUGUACUGCCACAACACCUGCAGCCCUGACCAGAGCCUGUUCACCAACGUGACGCGGGUGGUGAACCGCACGGUGGUGCCCGGGGUGCCCCGCGUGGCAGUGGUGGAGUACCAGAGCUUCUACCGACAGCGCUUCGCCGACGCCGCUUUCUCCUCGUGCCGAGGGGUGCGGCUCCCGGCCACCGGCGGCUUCGCCAUCGCCACCAUGUGCGGACGCUACGGUGCCCAGCUCUGCACCACCCAACGCUGGCUGGACUUCCAGGGCGACAAAAACAACGGGCUGGCACCGCUACAGAUCAACUUCCAGCUGGUGCCCAACGGCACCGAGCCGGGCGAUGCCAUCGAGCCGCUGGACGUGCGGGUCUGGCGCUGCAGUGAGGCGCCAAGUGAGGAUGAAGAGCCCUGCUCGUGCCAGGACUGUGCCGAGUCCUGCCCAUCAGUGGUGCCCCCCACAGACCCACCGCCCCCGUUCCGGCUGGGCGAGGCCGAUGGUGUCCUGGUCCUCUGUAUUCUGCUCUUCGGCUUCCUCGCCAUGACUUUCCUCGUGUCUCUGAUGUGUCAGCGGCGCUCCAAGGGAGCGACGGUGCCGCAGGCUGUGCCCACUGCCCGCGGGUGCUCGGAGCGGGUGGGCAAUGCCAGUCACCGGGCCCUUGCGCAGGCGUUCCGCUGGUGGGGGACAUGGGUGGCCGCACAGCCCGUGAUAGUGCUGGUGGUGGCCGUGGUGGUGGCCGGGGGGCUCUCGGCCGGGCUGGUGACCCUCCGGCUCACCACGGACCCUGUGGAGCUCUGGUCUGCGCCGGGCAGCCGUGCCAGGCAGGAGAAGACCUUCCACGACCAGCACUUCGGGCCCUUCAUGCGCACCAACCAGAUCAUUGUGACGGCACCGGGCAAGGCUGGGUCUCUCUACGACUCCGUGGUCUUCGGAGCCAAGAACUUCAGUGGGGUCCUGGCUCAGGAUGUACUGUGGGCGCUGCUGGAGCUGCAGGAGCGGCUGGCGGGCAUUGAGGCCUGGGCACCGCAGGCGGGCAGGAACGUGACGCUCAGGGAUGUGUGUUAUGCCCCCCUGAACCCUACAGAGCCCACCCUGGGCGACUGCUGUGUCAACAGCGUCACCCAGUACUUCCAGAACAACCGCUCUCACCUGGCACUCACCGCCCUGCAGGAGGAUGGCAAAGAGACGGGCACCGUGGACUGGCGCGACCACCUCAUCUACUGCGUCAACUCCCCGCUCUCCUUCAAGGACAUCACGGCGCUGGAGCUGAGCUGUACGGCUGACUAUGGCGGGCCCGUGUUCCCAUACAUCGCCUUCGGGGGAUACCAGGACUCAGAGUACACGGAGGCCGAAGCUCUGAUCAUCACGUACUCCCUGAACAACUUCCCCAGCGGUGACCCCCGGCUCGAGUGGGUUCUGAGCUGGGAGCGCCAAUUCCUCGAAGUGGUUCAGGAUUUCCAGCGCUCACACAGCCUCAACCUGUCGGUCACUUUCAUGGCCGAGCGCUCCCUGGAGGACGAGAUCAACCGUACGAGCGGGGAGGACCUGCCGGUGUUCGCAAUCAGCUACCUGCUGGUGUUCGCCUACAUUGCCCUGGCCCUGGGCGAGUACACGGCCUGGAGCCGCGUGCUGGUGGAUUCGAAGGUGACGCUGGCAGUAGGGGGCAUCAUCGUGGUCCUGGGGGCCGUGAUGGCCUCCAUGGGGUUCCUGGCACUGCUGGGGGUGCCUUCGUCCCUCAUCAUCCUCGAGGUCGUGCCCUUCCUCGUGCUCGCUGUGGGCGCUGACAACAUCUUCAUCUUCGUGCAGGAGUUCCAGCAGUCACAGCGGGAGCCAGGCGAGACGCGGGAGCAGCACCUGGGGCGGGUGCUGGCACAGGUGGCACCCAGCAUGUUGUUGUGCAGCAUCUCCGAGACCAUCUGCUUCCUCCUGGGUGCCCUCUCAUCCAUGCCUGCCGUGCGAACCUUCGCCCUCACGGCCGCCCUCGCCAUCGCCUUCGACUUCCUGCUCCAGAUGUCGGGGUUUGUGGCACUGGUGGCACUGGACACCCGGCGGCAGGAGGUACCACCCGGGGGGCUCUGUGGGAUGGGACAUGGGGGCUGGAGGGGACCAGGGGGUUUGGGAGCGAAUUUGGGGGCUGGGGGUUCCCGGGGGAAGCUGGAGGGUGUCUAGGGUGCUGGAGGUCCCUGACCAGGUACCCUCCAGGUGCUGCUGUUCCUGUUCCUGGCCUGUGCCGGGCUAUUCCUGAUGUUCCAGGUGUCAGUGGGGCUGGACCAGGAGCUCGCGCUGCCCAAGGACUCGUACAUGCUGCAGUACUUCUCGGCACUGAACCAGUACCUGGCUGUGGGAGUGCCCACCUACUUCGUCACCACGGGCGGGUACAACUUCUCUUCUGCCAACGGCACCAACGGCAUCUGCUCCAGCGCCGGCUGUGACCCCGAUUCGCUCACCCAGACCAUCCAACACGCCACCAGCUUCCCCAAUGUGUCCUACCUGGCCAUCCCAGCCACCUCCUGGGUGGACGAUUUCCUGGACUGGCUUAACCCCACGAGCCGCUGCUGCCGCAUCCACCAGUUCGGGCAGCACAAGGGGGAGUUCUGCCCCUCCACCAACAAUAACCUGAGCUGUUUCGGGGGGCGGUGCCUGAAGGUGCUCCGGCGCCCCACGGCCGAGGAAUUCCAGCGCUUCCUGCCCUGGUUCCUGCAAGACCGGCCCACCCUGCAGUGUGCCAAGGGGGGCCUGGGCGCUUACGACACUUCCGUGAGCAUGACCGAGAACGGCACCAUCCUGGCCACCCGGUUCAUGGCGUACCAGCGCCCACUGCGCACCUCGCAGGAGUACACGGCGGCUCUGCGGGCAGCCCGCGCCCUGGGCGACACCCUGACCCGCACCCUGCGCAGGGUGCCCGGCACAGACCCCCACUUCAGGGUGUUCCCCUACACGGUGACGUAUGUGUACUACGAGCAGUACCUGACGGUGGUGGCCGAGGGGCUGGUGACACUGGCACUGUGCCUGGUGCCCACCUUUGCCGUGUCCUUCCUGCUGCUGGGCAUGGACCUGCGCUCCAGCUGUGCCACCCUGAUCACCAUCACCAUGAUCCUGCUGGACACCGUGGGGGCCAUGGCUCUCUGGGACGUGCCCUACAACGCCGUCGCCCUCAUCAACCUUGUAGCGGCCGUGGGCAUCUCAGUGGAGUUUGUGUCCCACAUCACGUGCGCCUUCGCCCGCAGUGCCCAGCCCAGCAGGGUGGCACGAGCCGCCGAGGCCACCAUCACCAUGGGCAGCAAGGUGGUGGCCGGGGUGGCCAUGACCAACCUGCCUGGGGUGGUGGUCCUGGCCUUCGCCAAGGCCCAACUCAUCCAGAUCUUCUUCUUCCGCCUCAACCUCAUCAUCACCCUGGUGGGGUUGGCACAUGGCCUGGUCUUCCUGCCCGUGCUCCUCAGCUACAUCGGGCCCUGUCCACAGGUGCCAGCAGGGGACACGCCGGGGGACACACAGGGUGCAGGGCUGGGCCUUGGCAACCCCUACUUCAAGGACAAGGACAAAGACAAGCCCGAGAAGGGCUGAGCCCCCCUGGCCCCUCUCGCUCCUCCCUUGCCCCCACUGCUGCUGCUGUUCUAUUUAAACUGGUUUUCUCAGA